AUGGAUUCCAGUCUACUCAAAGACAUCCAGAAUGGCAAGAAACUAAGAAAGGCGGUUACCAAUGAUAGAUCGGCUCCAUUGAUUGGGAAUGCCAAGUCGAGUGGCCCAUCAUCAUCUGGUCCCAGUAUUGCAAGACCUCCUGUUCCCGGUGGUGGUGCAAGUGCAAGUGCAGGUGGAGGUUCAGCAGCAGCUCCAUCGCUAGGAGGUGGACCACAGCUUGGAGGAUUGUUUGCUAAUGGAAUGCCAACGUUGCGCAAGACAAGGGGGGCUGCAGUGUCUACUGGUAGAGGACAAGAUACGCCUACGCCUACUCCAUCAGCACCAAGUCCACCUUCGAUACGACCCUCGGCUACUUUCAAUAAGCCAAGUCAAACACUUCCUCGAUCAUUUAAAUCACCACCGCCUAUUCCAGGACGUAGUCCAUCAGCAGCUGCAGCACCACCACCACCACCUCCUCCACCACCUCCUCCACCACCAUCAUCAGCACCAUCAUCAAAUGCAUCUCCACCUCCACCUCCUCCUCCACCUCCACCACCACCACCAGGAGUUUCAUCAGCAACCCAUUCACCUAAACCACCAUCAUUGGCACCUCCUAUGCCAGGAAGAACGAGAUCUAGUAGUACUCCACAACGACCUGUACCUCCGACACCACCACGUGCUGUGCCACCUCCUCCUCCUACAGUAGGUAGUCCUUCACGUCAACUUCCAAGUGCACCUUCGACUACCACAGGUAGAGCAAGUCCAUCUCGUGCUGUGCCUCCAAUUCCUACUGCUCCUAAACCAUCAUCAACAUUGGGUAUUCCUCCACCUUUACCACCUGGAAGAAAACGCUCUUCAUCAACAUCCUCUUUUGGUCCAUCAUCACCUGCUGCACCACCACCACCGCCACCACCUCCUCCACCUCCUCCACCAGCACCUUCAUCAGCACCUAUUGGAACAUCUUCUCCAACAAGGCCACCACCACCACCUAUCACAAGAUCACCUGUAUCUCCAGCCACACCUGCAUGGAAAAUAUCUACAAAGAGAGCAUCCACCAUCAAAGAACCACCUGCUACAGAAAGUGGUGGUCGUUUCACUUUUAAAAGCAUUGCUGAACUCCCUCGUCCUCGAUCCUUCAGACAAAAUGCAAGACGCGUAUAUCCAAGUGGUGAAUCUAGGGGUAAUGCUUAUCCAUUAGACUAUUCAACCAUUCAUUGA